CAACACGCGCCAACCGUGUCGCUGGCGCCAUCCUGACAAGCGUGUGUUCCAAUCCUCCCUUCAGACAGCUUUAGUUUGGUCCUGUCACAGGCCAACAUUCGGCUUUUUCUUCACCUGCCGCCCGUCAUUUAGGUAUAUCUGGCUAUGGAUAUGGACAGUGCCAGUUCAGUGGUGCUGCAGGCCUUAACUCAAGCUACCAGUCAGGACACGGCCAUGUUAAAGCCUGCCGAGGAGCAGCUCAAACAGUGGGAGACGCAGCCGGGGUUCUACUCGGUCCUCCUGAACAUCUUAAAUAACCACAUGCUGGAUGUAAACGUCAGGUGGCUGGCAGUGCUCUACUUCAAAAAUGGCAUUGACAGAUAUUGGAGGAGAGUUGCCCCCCAUGCUCUAUCAGAGGAGGAGAAGACGACGUUACGUGCCGGGCUCAUCACAAACUUCAAUGAGCCUGUCAAUCAGAUAGCGACCCAGAUCGCGGUGCUGAUAGCCAAGGUAGCCCGUCUGGACUGCCCCAAGCAAUGGCCGGAGCUCAUCCCUAUUCUGCUGGAGUCGGUCAAGGGCCAGGAUGGCCUACAGCAGCACAGAGCCCUGCUCACUUUCUAUCACGUUACCAAAACCCUCGCGUCCAAACGUCUGACACAUGACAGGCGGCUUUUUCAAGAUCUGGCAUCAGGCAUUUACAGCUUUGCAUGCUCCCUGUGGACCCACCACACGGACUGCUUCCUCCAGCAGAUCUGUGCCCGAGAUGAGACGGCGGCUCUGGCCUCGCUGGAGAGAACACUGCUGUCUCUCAAAGUACUUCGGAAGUUGACAGUCAAUGGAUUCCAAGAGCCACAACAGAAUAUGGAAGUGAUGGGUUUCCUGAAUGCAGUGUUCGAAAGGCUAAAACAGUUCUUGGAAUGCUGUCGACAAAUUGGUCGAGAUAGCCCUUGUCGAGAAAAAUUGGAGAAGACAAUUAUACUCUACACUAAAGUUUUGUUAGAUUUCUUGGACUACCAUCCCUGUGCGUUCAUACCUCUUAUCCAGUGCUCACUGGAAUUUGCUGUGAGCUACGUGUUCACGCCAGCGGGGGAAGGCGUCACCUUUGAGCGCUUCAUAGUCCAGUGCAUGAACCUCAUCAAGAUGAUUGUGAAGAAUGAUGCCUACAAACCCGCCAAGAACAUUGAGGACAGUAAACCCGAGAGUCUUGAGGCUCACAAGAUCAAGUCGGCUUUCUUCACACACCCCACGCUAACAGAGAUUGGACGCCGGCUCGUCUCCCAUUAUUUCCUCCUCACAGAAGAAGAGCUGGCAAUGUGGGAAGAGGAUCCUGAGAGUUUUGCUGUUGAGGAGACGGGUGGUGACUCAUGGAAAUAUAGUUUACGGCCCUGUACAGAAGUAUUAUUCUUGGAUAUUUUCCACAACUACAGCCAGACGCUGACACCAGUGCUUUUGGAUAUGGUGCAGAAUCUGAAAGGCCCAACAAAUGUGUCAGAUCCUGUUCAGCUGCUAAUGAAGGACGCAGUGUACAACGCGGUGGGACUCGCUGCCUUCGAAUUGUUUGACAAUGUGGACUUUAACCAGUGGUUCAACAAUCAGCUUCUGGGGGAGUUGCAAAUCAGCCAUAACAGAUACAAGCUGAUUCGACGGAGAGUCAUAUGGCUAAUAGGUCAAUGGAUCCCCGUCAAAUUUAAAUCCGACCUUCGUCCUUUACUCUACGAGGUCAUCCUCACUCUCAUGCAGGAUCCUGACCUGGUGGUGCGGAUUGAGACUGCAACAACCCUGAAACUCACCGUCGAUGACUUUGAGUUCCGGACUGAGCAGUUCCUCCCGUACCUGGAGUCUAUCUUUGGACUGCUCUUCCAGUUGUUGCAGCAGGUGACCGAGUGUGACACCAAAAUGCAGGUGCUCCAUGUCAUCUCCUGCGUUAUUGAAAGAGUAAACACACAGAUUCGGCCAUAUGUAGGCUGUCUGGUGCAAUACCUGCCCUUACUUUGGAAGCAAUCUGAAGAACACAACAUGCUGCGAUGUGCCAUACUCACCACUUUAAUCCACCUGGUGCAGGGCCUCGGGGCGGAGAGCAAGAACUUGUACCCCUUCCUUCUUCCUGUCAUCCAGUUAAGCACAGACGUCUCCCAGCCGCCUCAUGUGUAUUUGCUGGAGGAUGGACUGGAGCUUUGGUAUGUAACUUUGGAAAAUAGUCCAGCCAUCACCCCAGAGUUGCUCAGAAUUUUCCAGAACAUGUCAGCUCUACUGGAGUUAAGCUUGGAGAACCUGCGCACUUGCUUUCAGAUCGUCAACGGCUACCUGUUCUUGUCUCCGACAGAAUUCCUUCAGAACUUUGCAGAAUCACUGUGUCAGUCGUUUUGUGUUCUGCUGAAAGACAUCACCAAUGAGGGGCAGGUCCAAGUGCUGAAGGUGGUAGAAAUAGCUUUAAAGGUUAGCCCCAUACUUGGAGCUCACAUGUUCCAGCCCCUGCUGCCAGCUGUCCUCAGAGGUAUAGUGAAUGGCGAGAUAUACCCUGUGGUGAUGUCCACCUACUUAGGCAUCAUGGGCCGCAUCCUGCUACAGAAUUCCAGCUUCUUCUCAUCGCUGCUCACUCAAAUGGCCUCAGAGUGUGGCCAGGAGAUUGACCAGCUGUUGUGCAAUGUGAUUGAGAUGUGGGUGGACCGCAUGGACAACAUCACGCAGCCUGAAAGGAGGAAGCUGUCGUCUCUAGCCCUGCUUUCCCUACUACCAGCUGACAACGGUGUGAUCCAAGAAAAGUUUUGCGGCAUUAUCAACAUCUGUGUCGAGUCACUGCAUGACGUGAUGACAGAAGACCCUGAGACAAACACAUUCAAAGACUGCAUGCUGAUGAGCCACUUUGAAGAGCCCAAGCUGAGCGAUGAUGAGGAGCCUCCGACUGAGCAGGACAAGAGGAAAAAAAUGUUGGCCCUGGAGGACCCGGUGCACAGUGUCUCGCUCCAUCAAUAUGUCUAUGAGAAACUGAAGGCUCAGCAGAACCUGAUGGGGGAUCAAGGCUUCAGCGAACUUAUGGAGACGGUGGACACGGAGCUCGUAAGGCAGCUCCAAGAGUUCCUAAAGGGCUUCUGAAUGACACCCACCUCAUACAAACACCUAUGCUGCUUAAUCCUCAUCCCCUGCGUUCCUCAGCCAGACAUGUGGAUCGCUAAUCCAAAUCUUCCCGAACUCUACCCAUGCUACGCCUUAUCUUUACUCAGAGAUCGUCUUCUCAACUCUCCCUGCUAUUCAUAAAGAAUCAAGAUUUAUUUAUCCUAUUUUAAAAAAAUCAACAUUAGAUUGAUGUCCAUGCACACACAAUGUAAGUAUCUCCUCAUUUGAGCUUCCACUCACCUCUUGAAGUUUAUUCGUAUUUUCCCUUCAGUUUUGACAUGAAAUGGGAGUAAAAGUCGUGGAAAGUCGACAUGUACGAAGCAAAUCCAACCGAGGACUACUCAACGGAACCAUCACAGAUUUUAGCGCUCACAUGUGGAUUGAAGAAAAUUGAAGGACCUCAAGCAGUGUUUACAAAAUAGAUUUAAAAAGGAAAAAAAAAAACGCCAAAAGAGGUAUGUCGUUGUGUAUUUAUGUAAAAUAUGGACAAUAUUCUGCAUGCUGAUUCUUUUUACUUUUUGGUUUGUUUUUACCAUUUUGUUAAAACCAGAGGUCAAGUUGAGGUAACUACUGAGAGUAUUUUUUUUAUCCAUUGGUUGAAGAGUGCAGAACACGCGUUAUGUAUAUAAAUGUAGUGCUGCUAAUCAAGGGCGUGUCGGCACACUUUAAUAACCAAAACAAGUUUGUUCCUGUUAUCACUGCUUACAUGUUUUCUCUAGUGUACUUUAAAGGCUAUAAGCAGCAGCAAGAUGCAGGACAAGUUGUACAAAUGUCUUCCUUCCAAAUAUUGUGUACGUACACUUUUGUCACAGCUUUUUAUUUGAUGAACUGUAUUGAAGAUCUAACAGUGGAAUUAGUAUUCCAUCGUUUUCAUUUCAUUCAGGCUACAUCGGUGUUCAAAACACCUUAGUCUUUUGAGAAGUUAAUUUAACGUUUGUUUGGCUUUAAAUUUGAGUGGUGAACAUUUUGCAUCGUUUCUUUAUUAGAUUCACAUUGAGCAGUCUUUAUUGGAAGAAAGUAGGAGGUAGUCAAUAGCCUUAACUUUUCAGCCUUACCUAUCAAUGACAGGAUUUAUUCUUACUUCUUUAAUUAAACACUAGAUCCUCUCUGUACAGUUUUAUUUUGUUUAUAGGACAAUGCUUUUGAACACAACAGUCGUUUUGCUUUGGGGUUUUGCGUAUGUUUUCAUGGGAAGGUUAAAACAAAUAAUUGUCCUUUUUAUGUUGUUUUUUUUUAACCCCACAGCUUUCAAUAAAGUGCAGUAAUCAGCCAACAAGUUAACAUCUUCAUGACUG